ACUGCACCAUACUACAUAGCAUCACAGCUCAACAGACUACACCAGACUGCACCAUACUACAUAGCAUCACAGCUCAACAGACUACACCAGACUGCACCAUACUACAUAGCAUCACAACUCAACAGACUACACCAGACUGCACCAUACUGCAUAGCAUCACAGCUCAACAGACUACACCAGACUGUACCAUACUGCAUGAACACAACAACAGCUCAACAGACUGCACCAGACUGCACCAUACUAUAUGAACACAACAGCAGCUCAACAGACUGCACUAGACUGUAUGAACACAACAGCAGCUCAACAGACUGCACCAGACUGCAACACCAUCCUAUCUUCACAGCAUCACAACUCAGAAUUCUGCAAAUUAAUAAAUUGGCUUUAAUCCUUUAA